AGGCCCCUUUCCUCCCUCAUGGAGGCGGCCAUGUCAUUGUUCUGAGGUAAAAAAGCUUUGGUGACGGAGGACACAGAGAUGAUGAGCCGAGUCCCGGCAAACCGGUGACGCUUGGGAAGAAUGGAGGCUGGAGCCGUUGGCGGCGGCGGCGGCGGUUCUUCUUCUUCUUCUCCGUCGUCGGAGCGAGAGCGCCGGGUGCUGGGCCUAAGCGCCUCCCUGAGGGCCCGCCUGGGGCCUUACGAGCCGGCGCUGAGCUCCCUGCAGGCCACGCUCGUGUGGGAAAGGCCGGCGAGGAGCGCGCUCGGAUGGGCAGGGGCCCACGCCGCCUUCGGGUUUUUUGCUCUGACAUCGCUGCAUCUGAUAUUUUUGGUUGCAUUUACUCUGAUACUCAUCGUAUGCUUAGAUCAGUGGAAAAAUAAAAUCUGGCCUGAAAUAAAAGUAGCAAGACCUGAUGAGCAAGAUAAUGAAAGCUGGGGUUAUGUUCACCCUCAAUUGCUGAGUGUGCCUGAACUAUGUCACUAUUUGGCAGAAGGAUGGGUCAUGGGAGACAGCUUCAUGAGAAACCUGUUGGAUUUCAAAAGGCAAAAUCCGGGCAAGUUCUGCCUUUUAGCUUGUGGUGUCCUCACAUUUUUGUCUGUGUUGGGCCAAUACAUUCCAGGAGUCUGUCUUGCCUAUCUAACAAUGCUUUUGUUUCUGCUAUGGCCACUUGCUGUGUACCACCACCUGGGGCAGCGCCUGUACAUCAAACUGGAGCCAGCUCUGCAGCGGUUGGACUUCAGUGUUCGUGGCUACAUGAUGUCCAAGCAUAAGGAGAGGCAAUUGCGCCAUCAGAUGUUGAGCCAACAUCUUACUAGUGCUGAUGGGAGUGACAGUGAAGAAGAGCUUGCUGCUUUCUGUCCCAAGCUGGAUGAUGCAGUAGUUGCCAAAGAGCUUGCCAUAUCUGAUUCAGAGCACUCUGAUGCAGAAGUAUCCUAUACUGAGAAUGGGACUUUCAAUCUGUCACGAGGCCAAACCCCAUUGACAGAAGGUUCUGAAGACUUUGAUGGCCACAGUGAUCCCGAGGAAUCCUUUGCCAGAGAUCUUCCAGAUUUCCCUUCCAUCAACCCUGAGGUGACGGGCAUUGAUGAUGAAGAUGACACCAGCAUAGGCAUUCCAAGCCUUGCCUCUCGCCCACAGGGCCAGGAAGAACUUCGUCUUUCUCAUGAGCAGGAGGAAGCGACUUCACAGCUCCUCUUGGGUGAGGUACCACUGAUGCACAACCUCAAAGAUGACAUAGCUGGCUUUGUGACUAGGGGAAUGAUCCAGCUGGCUUUGUCAGGAGCCUCUCAGUCAGGUUCCAUGCAUGGGAGCAGACGCCAGCAAAGUGCCAAGGCCUUCCUCCGGACAUCCAGCUCAGAGCUGGACACAGAUGCUGAAGGGGAUGACUUUGAACUAUUGGAUCAGUCAGAGCUUAAUCAGAUGGAUCCUUCCAGUUCCCGUGGCCAAUAAAUGGUUAUCAUCCCUUGACAUUUGCACCUCUUCUGUGUCAUGAAGCAGAGAAGGAAGAAUUCUGUGCAGAAGUAGGGUAGCUUCCCACUACUUGCUAUAUGGCCUGGCUGGGAAAAUUUUGGAAAACCUGGAAUUUGAGAACAAAUUUCUCCUGGGCAAAAUCAGAAGAGAUUGGUUUCUGAGCCUGCUAUGUCCAGCACAUGUCUAGCUUGCAGUGUGUUGAGUCACAAAGCCACAUGCCCUACUCCCAUGGUUAUCCUUGUUAAACAGGCCUUGAAGACAAAUCUCAGCACUUGCUUAGUGCAAAAAAACAAAAACAACCAGCCAUUGGGAAUUGUUUUUAAUUUAAAAAGCUAGACAGAGGGUGCAUUCUAGAAUCUCUUGAGCAGUGGAACUAACUUAUACCUAGCUGUUGAUUUAGGUUUUAUUUCUUCAGAUCCCAUCUAAUGUACUUUUGUGUAUUAGACCCUGGGUUCCCUGAGAUAUUGGAAACUACCUCUAUCUCCAGUAAAUAUUUGCACGUAAUGACCCCAACUUCCUUCCUCUUUAAACCCUGGAUCUCUAAUGAGGCUCUUUUCGCACAUCAUAAUGGCAAUAAUAUUUUGGUGGGUUAGAAUCCCUCUUGCACACAUUAACCACUGUUUGCUAUUUGAAAGAAGGUUUCAGUACUGGAAGAUUAACUUCCAUCCAACAUCCGUGAAACUUUGGGCUGAAGCAACAUGAAAGAAUUUGUCCCUUGACCUCCUCUAGCAAACACUAAGCCUACACAAAUAGGGGAGCAGUGAACUUUCCUCAUUAAUACUUCCUUUUUCUGCAAAUAAGUGUGUGAUUCCAUUAGGAUUCCUUAUAGUAACAGACUUGAUAGUCAGACUUGUUCAGCUAUUGGGGGCUUGAUUUCUUGAUGUGUGGAUGUUGAGUGUUCUCAGAUGGCUCUGGCUUUUUCAAGAAAGCUUGCAAUAUUAUCCCUGAAAAAGAUCUUGGGACUAGAAGGUGAGAGCAGUGCUGCAUAAUGAGGGGAGAGAUUGGUAUCCUUUGCUGAGCACCACUGUUUUGACUAUUUGAAGACUGAAACCAUGGCUUAAUGGACAAUAGAAAGAUACCCAUUAUUAUAUCUUGGUUGCACUGUCUUCAUUGGCAUGAAGAUGGUGCUGUGUUCCUCAACAAUAAAGUAUUCACAAAUGAUAACCUGAAUGUGACGGCGUUUUGGUGCUGGGCCUGUACACAAUACCUUUGAUUUAUGUUUCUUAAGUAAAUCUAGCAUGCGGUCUUAAUUGUGUUCCAGUGAUCUUAAACAACAACUCAGACCUGCAAUGAACAGAGGGCUUCAUAGGACAACUACACCGUUAUAGAACAAGUAAAAACUGAGGUGUUAACAUGCUACCAUUAGUGAGUUUCUCAACUUGGUGCUCCAACACAGAACUGCAUAUCCAAAUAUUUAGGUUUGUAUGAAAAACUGUUGGAAGACUUUAUCUUGGAAGAAAUACUGUUCAGUGCAAGAUCGUCCUGGUAACCCUCUGUGGAAAGAUAAGAAAUGUAAACAAAUGCUGUGCUUUUACAUUUAUUUAUGUAUUUUUAGUUUCCAGCCUUCUAUAACAACUUCUGAAUCUGCAGAUCUGAACCUUUUGAACAUCUGCAUAUCCUGUUAAAGAGCUUUACUUUAGGUUCUUAUACUUCCAACUCAACAAAUGCCAUCUUUUAAUCUCAGCAAUUAAAGAUUUACAGAUUUUUGCAAAUUUUGCAGUUUAUUUGAAGACGUUUCUAUUGUUUCUUUGCUAAGCAGCAAGCUGAUGUAGAUGCUAUAUGCCUAGUAACACAUUUUUGCAGAAAAGACUAAGAGGGUGGCGUGUUGUAAAUUUGAAACAGCUUGGGUUUGGUAGCAUCUGUGUGGCUAUAUCAUAGUGUCCAACUGCCUUUUUUAGUGUUUACAAAUCAUCCAAUAUUGUGGAAGUUUAUACUGUAAUUUGUCAUCUUGCAGAGGUUUUUUAAAAAAUAAGAUGCUGAUAACGUUUGAGGUGAAAAACUUGUUUUAUUUCAUUAGGUUUUGUGUUAUGUGGAUUAAAACAAGAAUUUAGUGCAAUAAGACAACAAACUACACCUUCUCCAUUGUAUCAGUAGUGAGAUCAUUAUUUUCUUAAGUGUUUCUUCCCUGACUGGUGCAAAAUAAAGAAUUUGAGACAAACCCAAA